GUUAUUUACGCUUGUUUAUAAAAUUACAAAAGGCUUAUAAAGAUGAUUAAAACGUUCCAAUUCUGAACAUUUGCCAUCUGUUCAUAGAAACCAAGUGUAGGCAUGUAAAGAUAGGCUGUAGUUACGCUGCAAUAAUGCUCAGCAACUGUUACCUUUAAUCUAUCUGUGCUGUUCUUCUGUGCAUAUCACUGCAGAAUUUAGAAACUCUGCAGUCAUUUAAGUAGCAUGCCUGUAAAGUUGGUGUGUAAAUCCUGAAGGGGCAAUAUUACAGUGGUAGUGGAGAUCGAUGGGUGAGAACUCAUGUUAGCACCUCAGAGUCCCCGACCCCCAGACUCCAUGACAAGAAUCAGCUUCUCUACCUUGGAUUCAACAAAAUCCAAGUUCUGUCUGUAGAGCCAUUUGUGUGUGUGCACGUGUACUAGCGUGUGCAUGUCUCUGUGUGAGUAAGAGAGAGUGUGUAUAUGUGUAUUUGGCCUCAAAUAGCAUAUAGAGGUAUUUCAGGCCUUUUCUAUAACCCGUGGUGAUACCCGUUAAAGUCACACUAAAUGCCACUGUUGAUUGGUGAAUACUGUUGCAAAUGUUUUGUGAAAGCAUUUGGCUCCAGACUGGACCCUCAGUCUGGAAGAGCCCAGUACAGUAUUCUUUGUGGGGCAAAGAAAGCUGCAUGUCGUAAAGAUUAAACAGUUUUCUCCACACCACGUAGUGGUUUGGUUUCCUUGCAGAUGUCUGAUUUAAAAACUCUGAGUAGCCUAGUUAAGCUCUGCUCUGGUAUUUCUUCCUAGUAAAUAAAUCUGAUUAAACGUUUUAAGGGGCUGCAUAGAUGAAGAGUCUCAUUGCUUAAUGCAAAAUUAGCUUAGCAAGGAAAAUGACUGCAUUGUUCCCAAUGCAGGGCCCGCUUUGCAUAACCCCAAAGCAUGUACUGUGUCAAGUGGCAUGGCAAGCCCACGAGCGCUCACGUCAGGCUGAUUUCCCACAAAUCAACAUUUUUUUGGAAAAAUAACAUACAUCUCUGAAUUGCAGCACUCCAUUUAUGCUUGCAUAGCAACUGCUGGUUAAUAUGUAGCAAAACGCGGUGUGGUAACAAAUGUUUUUUUGCUAUUGUUGAGCUGGAAUGUUAGUUCAGCUUCUAGAUAAAAGUGGCUUGCGCAAGGCGCCCUGAUAGACCAUGAUUUCUGUGGCUUGUAUGGUAGUUCUGUAGGCAACCGUGGUCUGCUGUUCCCCUCCCCUUGCUUCCCUUCAUUUUCCAUGUCAGAGAGGUGGGGUUAGGUGAAGGCAGAGAGCCGGCGGCCCUUUGAACCCAGCAGAGCACGAGUGUGCGGCCCACUGCCAGUCAAGCAUCUGCAGCAAGCACUCUUUGUUCCAGUUGUGUUUGUAGGAGAAAAGUCGUAAGGCGCUUUAAUUAAUAGCUUUGAACAGUAAGUGUUCUUUGGCUGGUUUUAUGGAUAUCAUAGGGCCAUCUUUCUGGAAAGAAUAAAGUCAAUAGUAAGAGAAAGGAACCCCCAGAAAGAACUAAGGGAUCAUCCUUUCUUAUGGCUUGAAUCCUAACUGAGGUUAGUUCAGGGGGCUGUGUGUUUGUCAAGGUACAUGAUCAUUUUUUAAAGGCAACGGAGAAGAAAAAAUUCCAGAAAGCUUUUUAUUAUCAUUAAGAUUAGUAUUUCAUUCUAGCAUAGGAAAUUAAAAUCUCCACAUGUUUUCCAGAGAUUUUAUGGGGAAAAAAUAAAGAAAGGGGAAAAAAAAAACCCAAAACCCAUAAUAAAAACCCAAACUAACAAAAAAUACCUUUAAAAAAAGAAGCUCCCUACCAGAGAACCCAAACAGGUGAACCCUGCAGAAGUGGCUGUAUGGUGCCUGGAAACUGCAGAAUGAGUGUGCAGCCCCAUGCAGCACAAGUCUGAAGAGUUUUCUCUGGACAUGGCAAUAUAAUAAAUAAUCAGGAGCCUCCUAAGUCCAAUACAUGUGCUCCAAAAUGAAUGAGCAAUGAAAGGUUUGUGGUCCAUAGGCCAUUUGUGGUGCAACCUUCCAUCACCUGCUGUGGCUUUUUGACAGCUAACGGCAAGCUUUAAGCAUCAGAGCCUCUCUCUUCUGGUUCUGUGCAUGAAAUAUUACGACUUUGACUCAAUAACUCUACUUGUGCCUGUCUGUGCAUCGGCUCCCUUUGGCUUCUUCAACUGUGUGGGCUUCUGAAAGAGUUAAACCCCAGGGAUGGGCCUAGCAAGGCUGUUGCAAGAUGGUGGCCUUAAUGGGCAGCCAUGCUCCUCCGAGCCUAGUCAGAUGGGGCCGACUCCUGAGGCACCGAAUGCACUGUGGGGGGUUAGCCCUCAAGACAAUCACUAUGACAGAAAGGACUUUUUGUGCCAAUAACCAGCCUUAUGUAGUGGUAAUGAUAAGAAAGGGACCAUCUUAUUGUAGUCACUUUGCGACAAAUACUACCACAAUUCAUUACUUUCCAUCAGUGCCUCAUCCUAUGGAGGAAUCACCACUGCCCAUCUACAUUGAGGAGGGGACAGAAGUCCCGAUUGAAAGCAGAAACAUGGCAACAAAGGAAAAGCUUCAGUGCUUGAAAGAUUUCCACAAGGACAUCCUCAAACCUUCCCCCGGCAAGAGCCCGGGGACGCGGCCUGAGGAUGAGGCAGAAGGAAAGCCGCCCCAGAGGGAGAAGUGGGCGAGCAAGAUUGACUUUCUGCUGUCCGUGGCUGGGGGAUUUAUUGGCUUAGGCAAUGUCUGGCGGUUCCCGUAUCUCUGCUACAAAAACGGCGGAGGUGCAUUUCUUAUUCCUUAUUUCAUUUUCCUGUUUGGGGGAGGUCUUCCCGUUUUUUUCCUGGAGGUGGUGCUAGGACAGUAUACCUCUGAAGGUGGAAUUACAUGCUGGGAAAAGAUCUGCCCUAUUUUCACUGGAAUUGGUUAUGCUUCCAUAGUGAUUGUGUCCCUUCUGAACGUGUACUACAUUGUGAUCCUGGCCUGGGGACUCUACUACCUGUUCCAGUCGUUCCAGAGCGUCCUGCCGUGGGCACACUGCCACCAGAAGUGGAACACGCCGACCUGCGUGGAAGACACUCUCAGGAAGAACAAAACCCUCUGGAUAUCACUGAAUGCCACUAACUUCACCUCUCCUGUCACAGAGUUCUGGGAGCGCAAUGUACUGAGCUUGUCCUCAGGGAUUGAAGAUAUUGGUAUUAUCAAGUGGGAUCUGGCACUGUGUCUCCUCCUCGUCUGGGUGAUAUGCUUCUUCUGCAUUUGGAAAGGAGUCAAAUCCACUGGGAAAGUAGUGUACAUCACUGCCACGUUCCCAUUCAUCAUGCUCCUUGUUCUGCUCAUCCGUGGUGUGACCCUGCCUGGAGCUGCAGAGGGCAUCAAGUUUUAUCUUUAUCCUGAUAUCUCACGGUUAGCUGACCCACAGGUCUGGAUAGAUGCAGGGACACAAAUCUUCUUCUCAUAUGCAAUCUGCUUAGGAGCAAUGACUUCCCUGGGGAGCUACAACAAGUACAAAUACAACUGCUAUAGGGACUGUUUGCUGCUGGGAUGCCUGAACAGUGGUACCAGUUUUGUGUCUGGCUUCGCAAUUUUUUCCGUCCUGGGCUUCAUGGCACAAGAGCAAGGGGUGAACAUUGCUGAUGUGGCAGAGUCAGGUCCAGGCCUGGCCUUCAUUGCCUACCCAAAAGCUGUGUCCAUGAUGCCACUGCCCACCUUUUGGGCAAUCCUUUUUUUUAUUAUGCUUCUGUUGCUUGGACUGGAUAGCCAGUUUGUUGAAGUUGAAGGACAGAUCACGUCAUUAGUUGAUCUGCACCCAUCCUUCCUAAGGAAGGGUUACCGACGGGAAAUCUUCAUCGCUAUAGUAUGUUUCCUUAGCUAUCUUCUGGGACUAACUAUGGUGACUGAGGGUGGCAUGUAUGUUUUUCAACUCUUUGACUACUAUGCAGCUAGUGGUGUAUGCCUUUUGUGGGUUGCAUUCUUUGAAUGUAUUGCUGUAGCCUGGGUUUAUGGCGCUGAUAAUAUUUAUGAUGCCAUUGAGGAUAUGAUUGGAUACAGACCUGGUCCCUGGAUGAAAUGGAGCUGGAUUGUGAUCACACCAGUUCUUUGUGUGGGGUGCUUUGUCUUUUCUUUGGCCAAGUACAAACCACUGACCUACAACAAGGUCUACACAUACCCUGAGUGGGCAAUCGGCCUGGGAUGGGUUCUUGCCCUUUCCUCCAUGAUCUGCAUCCCUAUGGUGAUGGUCAUCCGCAUCAUACGGUCAGACGGGUCACUCAUUGAGAGGAUAAAAGCAGUGGCUGCCCCCAAGGAAGUGAAUCGGUGGUCCAAAGAAACAGAGAGUGGCACUCCCUUCUGCCCCAAUGGAACUUCGAAUGGCGGAUUGAUCAAGCCAACUCAUAUCAUUGUGGAAACCAUGAUGUGAGCUCUCUCUGUGAGAGGAUAAACCUGCUUUAACUGCCGUUUACUAACCAUAGAUUCUCAUAGGACCAGGUUUACAGAGCUUUAUAUUUGCACUAGGAUUUAUUUUUAUUUCUCACAGAGAAAGUUAUUUUUUGUGUGUGCUUUUUUUUUUUUUUAAUAUUUUGUAACGUAAUCACAGCAGAUGUCUCUCUGUAGAGGGAGAGCAUUCAUAUCAGACUAGACAUAUUACAGGAAUUUACUAUUAUUGUUUUUUUAAAUAUAUAUAUAUCUUUAUCUCUUAAACGUUAUACACCUUACCACUUGAAUUGAUUGUCUUGCCAGCAAUAUAUUCAAGUCUCAGAAAGCAAUUUUAGGUGCUGGUGUGGUUGGGAGCAGGGUAACCUAAGAACACACAAAAGGCGCUCUGUUGAGAGAUAUGAGGAAAAAAAAAAAAAA